ACGAGAUGUUUCGUUAGAAAGGCUUCGUUUUACAGAACGACAAAGCUAUUUACAGAUUUUUAACAUAUUUCCCGUGAAAAUUUCUGGUAAGUUUGUUCAUAUUUUUACAUUACGUUCAAACGGGAGCUGACGAGUUCGCAACUAGACUCAAAUUAGUUGCGCUCGUUUCAUUUGUUCACACGGAAAUUCGUGCGGUUAGCUGUGUUCGAAUUGUCCGGCUUCAUACGUCUGUAUUUGAGUAGAAUGUAGAUUUAUCCUGCUUUAUACACAAAUGUUUGCGAUUUCGUCUUGCGCGCAGAGGAAUUGGAGCACAUCGAAAGUAUACGAAUUACCGUGUGAAGUUGUGGACAAACGGGGGCGAACAACACAUGUGCAGAUCCAAAAUCAUUAAGUCUCACGUGAACAGGAAUUAUGCUCGAAUAAUGCUGUUUUACCAAAAUUAUGCUAGUUUUUACUAAAUUAUGCUAUUCACAAAAUACAGUAGUCACAAAUUAAAAUCAUAUCAGCUGGUUGUGUAUGCCUAAGCUUCUUUGUAUGACAGCCAUAACAGCUGUAGGUUACCGUGAUUAUUCGAAUAAACGCCGCGGCGUUUAUUAAAUUUUUGGCGCUCAAGGUACGGCGUUUAUUCGAAGGCGGCGUUUAUUCGAGGGCGGCGUUUAUUGCAAAUUUUGUAACAACAAGUGUGCAUUUAUUGUUUAAUUAAAACUCAACUUCAACACUUACCUUAUUAUAGGAAAUUAACGAUGCACUUUAUUAACGAGACAUAAAUUAACGCGACAUCAAAUUAAAGCGGAUUGCUUCUAGGUCUUUUAAAACAUGAUUAUAUUAACGCGAUUCUGAUCUCCAUGGUUGACAAAUUAAUUAAAUUAACGCGAAUCGGAAAAUAUAGACACAACAACAACAACAAAGGUUUAAUGUUAAGAGAAGCACUGAUGUUUUUAUUUUACGUUAAUAUGCUGUAUUUUGAUAUUAACAGAGUUAGUGUUAUAUAAAACAAAUCUAAGUAUUUUUAACUAACGAUAAAUGAAAAUUACAUACUUAAAAUUAACGAUCACAUAAAUUAACAUUAAUUAAAUUAACGUGAAUUUUAAAAAUCCGCGUUAAUAAAGUGCAUCGUUAAUUUCCUAUAAUAAGGUAACCCAAAAAACUAAGAAUAAAGUUCAUAUGUUAUGACGUUUAAAAAUAGGCGUUUAAUAAUAUUUUUGCUUGUCCCGGCGGCGUUUAUUCGAGGGCGGCGUUAAUUCGAGGGAGGCGUUUAUUCGAGUAAUUGCGGUAUCUCCCGUCGUUGCUUGACGCCACUGAUUUUUGAUGAGAGUGUGGAGGUGUGGACUGUCCGAUAUUAUGUGUACUUCCCGUGCUUACUCCAGUGUCUGGACGACUACUAGCGCUAUGAAAAUAGAUUGAACAAAGCUUUAAAGCACCAGUAUAGGGAAUAAAACAUGCCAUGGUUACAGUGUCAGUAAUUAUAUAAAAUGUCCUAGUACAAUCGAGAAAAGCCUACCCCUAGCCCCUCCCCCAUGCUCCGCCUCCACUGAUUGAACAAUUUUAAUCAUAGAGAUAUUAUUUUUUAGUUAUGUUUCCUAUUGUUCCUCGUUCCAAAGCCCAUGGGGUGGACUUCUGCGGCGAGGAUUAUUUAUUUUACGGCUACCACUACAUCAUUCGCUCAGAUGCUGGUGUUUACAUGAGAUCACGCAAUCUGAACGAAGGAAGUAAUAUAGAGGUAUUUGACUUGCACUACUCGUGCAAGGGAGGAGAUCACUACCUUGCUAACAAUGGCUACUUCUAUAUCAUCAAUGGUACCAAAUACCGAAGAGUGACAAACCUGAAUACUGAUGCCAACGCUGUAGCCCACCCACUCCAUCCCAAUUGCCAAGGUGGAGAUCACUACUUGUCCAUGUGUGGCAAAUUUUACAUCGUCUACAAAGAUCGAGGUGUCUACAGGAGGACUACUGACAUGAACAAAGAUUCGAAUGCGGUGGAAUAUCCUCUCCAUUCCAGUUGCAACGAUGGCCUUUACUACUGGGGAUGUGGCCAGUACGCCUACGUUGUUAGAAACGGUGAUUGGGGUCCUCAGUAUCAUACGACCAGCAAUAUGAACAACAACUCGGAUAACAUUGACUAUUCCUUUGCCAUCGAUGUCGUUAAAUUUCUUCCUGGUGGAUUAGCGACCACACACGGACGCGCUUUUGGAACAUGGAAGCUUUUAAAGUGUUUCGAGAAUACAUCUCAGAUUACAGUUGAUUGGUCCAAGCAAGUCAGCCACCAAACGGGAGCAAGGAGAACAAAACUGUCAAGUAUCGAAAAUAAUUGGAACUUCACGAAAAGCGGGAGUAUUGGUGGAGUUAUUCCUGAAAUUCUCGUCAAAUACCAGCUCUCUCUGAAUGCAAGUUAUGGCGGAAAGAGUAUUGACACCACGACGGAAAGCUGGGAUGAUGUGACGACGGUGACAGAGACAGUAAAUGUAUCGGUAUCUCCUGGCGAGCAAAUCUGUUUCUGGCAGUACAAAGUUGGCUUGGGGGGAGAAGAUUUUCUUUUCUGUCCAGAAAUGAAGAUGACCGAUUGUAAAGUUCCCCCUACAGAAACACCUCUGCAUUCCGUAUAAUCUCUCCAUAACCUGGCUGUUUUUGCCUUUGAGAAACAUAACAUUACCCAAACAAUCAAUAUUUUGUCGGCAUCUAACUCGAUUGAAUAAUAGUUGAGGUGAUUUUUCUGUGUUGGUGUUGUGUACUCAGGUGAAUAAUAAGAUGUUUGUGAUGUUACUCUGAGUGUAUAUCCACACCGGACGAGCUUGAAAAAUAUGCCCAGCCACGGUGGGAAUCGAA